AUGUUUCUGAUUAUUGUACUAUCACUCAUCAUAUUUAAUGUUGUGUUCUUCAGGGUCUCUCAGGAAGCGUCUGUUGGAGAAUCAGUGAACUUCAGCUGUAAACACAUCAGGAAUCAAGAUCAGAGGUUUUUCUGUAGAGGAGAUCAGCCCAAUAUCUGCAUCAGAGACGGACUCCGUGUUUCAUCCAGUAACAGGAUAAACCACAGAUUCUCUCUGACUGAAGAAACCUCUGCUGGAGUCUUUACUGUGAAGAUCAGAGACCUGAGAGAAGAGGAUUCUGGGAAAUACUGGUGUGGAGAAGAGAGUUCUGGGUCCUUCAUAUUCACUGAAGUUCAGCUACAUGUGACCAGAGGUUUCUUCUGUCUGUCCCGAGAAGCAUGAAGAGUCUUUCAGUGAUGGCACAGUCUCACUUUGAUCUUCCACACAUAUCUGAUAUCUUAAAAAAUAAGCUGAAAUAUUUACGCAAGUGAGCUUUGAUCGUAC